CCCUAAAACCCUGGCCGCCUUCCUUCUUCUCCCCACCCCGCGCGGCGCCUACUCUCCUCUCUUCCCCUCCCCCCUCGCCGCCGCCGCCGCCGCCAGCGCCUCCUCCACCACCGCUCGUCCUCCUAUACACAGGUGCGGAGGAGGAGAUGUUGGUGCUCUUCGAGACGCCCGCGGGGUUCGCCCUCUUCAAGGUGCUGGACGAGGGGAAGCUCAGCAGCGUCGAGGAUCUGUGGAAGGACUUUGCCUCGUCGGACAAAGCAAGGAAGGUGGUUGAGCUGAAGGCUUUCAACAAGUUUGAAAAUACUUCUGAUGCUCUUUCAGCCGCAACUUUGCUGAUUGAUAGCAAGCCCAGCAAGGGUCUGCGCAAGUUCCUGCAGAAGCACUGUGAUGGUGAAACAUUGGCUGUUGCUGAUUCCAAACUUGGGAAUGCCAUCAAAGAAAAGCUGCAAAUUGAUUGCCUUCACAACUCUGCUGUUAUGGAACUGAUGAGAGGGCUGAGGAACCAGCUCACUGAACUUAUGUCUGGACUAGCUGAGCAUGAUCUAGGUCCAAUGAGCCUAGGAUUGUCCCACAGCUUGUCUAGGUAUAAACUCAAGUUCAGCCCUGAAAAGGUUGAUACUAUGAUCAUUCAGGCCAUUGGCUUGUUGGAUGAUCUUGACAAGGAGCUUAACACUUACGCUAUGAGGGUCCGUGAAUGGUACGGUUGGCACUUUCCGGAGCUCACAAAAAUUGUUGCAGAUAACAUCCAUUAUGCGAAAGCUGUGAAGAUGAUGGGCAAUCGUGUUAAUGCAGUUAACCUUGACUUCUCUGAGAUACUUCCAGAAGAAGUGGAAGCAGAGCUGAAGGAGGCAGCUGUAAUUUCCAUGGGAACAGAAGUCAAUGAUCUUGACCUCUCAAACAUUAGGGAACUAUGUGAUCAAGUCCUGGCUCUUUCUGAGUACAGAGCCCAGCUCUAUGACUAUCUAAAAAGUAGAAUGAAUACCAUUGCUCCCAACUUGACUGCACUUGUUGGUGAACUUGUUGGCGCUCGCCUUAUUUCCCAUGGUGGUAGUUUGAUGAAUCUGGCGAAGCAGCCUGGCAGCACGAUUCAGAUUCUGGGGGCAGAGAAGGCCUUAUUCAGAGCUCUGAAGACAAAGCAUGCUACACCAAAGUAUGGUCUCAUCUAUCAUGCAUCAUUAAUUGGACAGGCGGCUCCCAAGCACAAGGGAAAGAUCUCUCGUUCGCUUGCUGCUAAGAGUGCACUUGCCAUAAGAUAUGACGCCCUUGCUGACGGUGACGAUAACUCCAUGGGUCUUGAAAGCAGGAUCAAGCUUGAAACACGGCUCCGAGUUCUUGAGGGUAAAGAGCUUGGGAGGUCUGCUGGUUCCACGAAAGGAAAGCCCAAGAUAGAAGCGUAUGAAAAGGACCGGAAGGGUGGUGGUGCUCUGAUCACUCCCGCUAAAACUUACAACUCAGCAGCAGAUCUUGUGCUUGGACAAACCACUGAAGAAACGCCAAAGAAGUCAGAAGUUGCUUCAAAGAAGAGGAAGCACCAAGAGGAAGAACCUACUGCGGAGGCAGCUGAAGAGGAUGGCGAGCAGGAGAAAGAGAAGUCCAAGAAGAAGAAGAAGAAAUCCAAGGACAUCGAGGAGACCCCCGCAGCCGUCACCGACGCUAGCGAGAAGAAGAAGAAAAAGAAGAGCAAGGAGGCCGAGGAGACCCCUGCAGCCGACGCCGACGGCGAGAAGAAGAAAAAGAAGAAGAAAUCGGACGCUGAGGAUGCACCCAUGGAGAUCGACGUGUCUGCCAAGAAGGAGAAGAAGAAAAAGAAGAAGCACGCUGAUGAGUGAGCGGCACAGAGAUACGGUGGAAAUUUGUGGUGUAAUGCUGUACUAUCAUCGUUGUCUGAAAGUUUUGGGAUUUGCCGUUCAUGUAGAAUGGAAUGCCACAUUAGGAUUAGCAGCGACGAACCCUACAAUUCGAAACUUGCAAGUGGUGAGCAGACACUUUAAGAGGCCCAAUGAUGUGCUCUCAUCUAUAACAUCUGCUAGUAUGUUCAUUCUGUCGAGUAGUAAUAUAUUUAUCUGUUGUUAAUUGCCAA